AUGAAACAUAUGAAGAAUCCAAUUGAUAAUCAGAUCAAUAUAGGCAUCCAAGAGCCUAUAUCCUUUGGUGUACUCUAUGAGAGCCCUCGCUGCUCUUUGUUCAAAAUGUCGUUGAUAGAAGACGGCAUUUGUUUGCCUGUCUCGAUUCGUCGGCUCUCGCUGGUCGAGGACCUGUUUUUACUGAUGAACGUCGUUUGUGCCGUUGAGACACUUGCAACUGUCAAGAUAUGUGAGAUAAAUGUUAAAUAA